AUGGAGUACGGUUAUCCUGGCUAUGUAGAUGGUUACUACCAAACGCAAGAGGAAGAGGAGGAGGAGGAAUGGGAUCGGCAGGCGUAUUUGGAUCCCAUGUGGGAGAUUCAGCAGAAAAAGACUUUCACUGCAUGGUGUAAUUCCUAUCUCAGAAAAAUAAACACUUCAAUUGAAAAUAUCGAAGAAGAUUUCCAAGAUGGCCUCAAGCUUAUCCAGUUAUUGGAGACCCUCUCAGAGGAGCAGCUUCCUAAACCAGAUCGUGGUAGAAUGCGGUUUCACAAACUGGCAAACGUGAACAAAGCUCUGGAAUAUAUUCAGAGCAAAGGAGUUCAGCUUGUUUCCAUUGGUGCCGAAGGUUUCAUGGCUCCUGAGAUUGUGGAUGGAAAUAUAAAAAUGACAUUGGGUAUGAUUUGGACAAUAAUCCUUCGGUUUUGUAUACAAGAUAUCACAGUAGAGGAAUUGUGCGCUAAGGAAGGUCUUCUCCUCUGGUGCCAGAGAAAAACGAGCCCCUACAAAAAUGUGAACGUUCAGAAUUUCCAUAUGAGUUGGAAAGAUGGUCUAGCUUUCUGCGCUUUGAUCCACCGGCAUCGACCGGAUUUGAUUGAUUACGCCAAAUUGUCAAGGGACAAUCCCAUUCAAAAUUUGAAUUAUGCAUUCGACGUGGCUGAAAAGCAUCUGGAUAUUCCUCGUAUGUUAGAUGCGGAAGAUAUGGUGAACACAGUAAGGCCCGAUGAACGAUCGGUGAUGACUUACGUCUCCGCCUAUUAUCAUGCCUUCGCGGGUGCACAGAAGGCUGAAUCGGCUGCCAAUCGUAUCUGCAAAAUCCUUCGUGCGAAUCAGGACAAUGAGCGUUUGAUGGAGGAGUAUGAACGAAUUGCUUCGGACCUUCUAUCCUGGAUUGAAUCAAAGACGGUAUUUCUGAAGGAUCGGACGACUGACGGCACAAUUUCCGGGACAUGUAUGAAACUGAAUAACUAUCGCUCCUAUCGCCGGGAUGAGAAACCUCCACGAUUAGAGGACAAAGCGGCGUUGGAAAACUUGUUCAAUACGCUGCAAACUCGUUUACGUCUUGCAAACCGCCCGGUUUUUCUGCCUGUUGAAGGCCACAUGAUUGCAGACAUCAACUCGGCUUGGAAACAACUUGAAAACUAUGAGAAAGGAUUUGAGGACUGGUUACUAACUGAACUCAAACGCUUGGAACAAAUUGAGCAUUUGGCGCGGAAGUUUCGUUUGAAGUGUGGCACGCAUGAAGCCUGGACAGAAGGCAAAGCCAAGGCACUGGAAAUGCGUGAUUACGAGAAUGCCAGUCUGUCCAGUUUGAGAGCAAUGGCGCAAAAGCAUUCGGCUUUUGAGGCUGACCUAGGGUCGCAUCAGUCUCGGGUGGAGCGAAUUGUGGCUAUCGCAGAAGAGCUUAAUACCCUGAACUACGCCGAUGUGGCUUCCGUUAACGAGCGCACCGAACGCAUCGUGAACGAGUGGGACAGGCUUGGCCAGCUGUCACAAGCACGGAGACAAGGAAUCCAUAAAAUACUGGAUGUCCUAAAUCAAAUCGAUCGGCUACAUUUGUCAUUCGCCAAACGGGUCGCGCCCUUCAAUACGUGGCUUGAACAGGCCCAAGAAGAUCUUCAAGACAUGUUUAUCGUCAAUAAAGUGGAAGAUAUCAUGGCACUUGUGAACGGACACGAGAAUUUCAAGCAAACUUUGCCGGCGGCUGAAAAAGAGAUGCACGAAAUGUUGGCCGAAGCCAGACAAGUACAACAGAUUGUGGAACAACAUAACCUUCCGUCAAGUUUCAUAAUAAACCCAUACACCAUGAUCGAGUUCGAGACCCUAGAAUCCCGAUGGGAAGCGAUGCGAAGCCUGGUCGGUGCCAGAGACCGUGAGUUGCAAGCAGAGGUUGCACGUCAAGAAGAACACGAGCAAUUACGACGACAAUUCGCUCAGUUGGCCAACCGAGCUGGUCCUUUUUUGGAGCGUACUUUGGACGCGGUUCAUGCCGUGCUCACUUCGACCAAUGUUGCGCUUGAGCAACAGCUGAGGCAGUUGCAGAAAUAUGAUGAAGAUUUGGAGGCGUGGAAACCAAAUAUGACCGAACUUGAACGUUGUAUGCAGCUUGUUCAAGAGGCACGUAUAACGUAUAACCCGCACACCCGUUACACUAUGGAUACGCUCCGCAUUGGCUGGGAACAAUUACGAACCAAUUUGAAGCGAGCACAGAACGAAAUUGAGAACCAAAUCUUGGCUCGUGACUCGCGGGGUGUUUCCGAGAAACAAAUUGAUGAAUGCCGGCGUUGUUUCAAUCACUUUGACCGGCAGAGAACACGGAGGUUAGAGCCAUUGGAUUUCCGCGCUUGUCUGCUUUCGUUGGGAUACAACAUACCGAAUAAUGCACAAGGUGAAGCGGACUUUUUGCGUAUAAUGAAAUCUGUCGAUCCUAAUGGAACUGGUUUCAUAACCUUCGAUGCGUUUAUGAACUUCAUGACAAGUCACACACAAGAAGGAGACAAUGCAGAACAAAUGGUUGAGUCGUUCCGCAUGCUGGCUGGUGACACGCCGUACAUAACAUCAGAACAAUUGCGCAGAGAACUUCCGCCAGAGGAGGCCGAAUACUGCAUCAAUAGGAUGAAAGCAUACAAUGGUCCCGGGGCUGUAAAUGGACAAGAUGCACUGGAUUACACGGCAUUCGCAACUGCACUAUACGGGGAAUCAGAGCUGUGAGCACUCAACUUUUGCGGUCAACCUCAUAUGCUCAUGCCCAAUCCACGGGGCUUUAUACUUUACAGAGACGAUCUCUGACUGAGCAGAACGUUUUUCUCAGUUUUCUCAUCAUCCGCUACUUCCCCACUGAUUCCCAACGGAUCAUGCAUGAACCUGUUCUGUAGUGAAUUUCACUGUGCGUAUGAUCGUGAGAGAUGCAUAUUUUGUCCAUAGCUGUUCGAAUCGUGUUCCCGCUCCACCUUUGGUUUGCAGUGCCUUUAUACCUUCGGCAUGUCAUCCUUCAGACGCAUCGGAAAACUUGCUCCUUCAACCUAACUGUUUUGACCAAAAUUCACAAGCGCAUGGAACUAUAGGCUAGUUUUUCCUCUUGAGUAGAACCACUCUUCUGCAGUGCUGCAUUUUCUGUAUUACCAAUCACCGUCAACCUACCAAAGGAACCCGACUCCCGAGAACCAUGUGUUUGUGACAUAGAGCUCUUGACAUUAAACUGUGCUCUUUGAUA